CAAACCAGCUCCCACUGCCCCUCCCUUGCCCGCUGAGAGUGGCGGCUAGCAGGGGUGGGGGGGGCAGAAACUGAGGGGUGCGGAUCCGGGCCCCCCAGCCUGCGAAGCGCACUCGCAGGUCGAGCGGGCGUCGUCCACCCUUCGGAGCCCCGCUUUCAUGCGUGAAAUCCCCAGAAGUCGCCUGCAACCGCCUCCCUGCUUCAAACACCAGAGAGGGCCCGGGGUCCUGCCCGGAGACAGGCCGAACCUCCGGAGCUGUUUCUGCACCCGGUACAUUGACCGAUCUGAUGGGCUGCGCGCCCGGAAGAGCUGGAGAGAUGAAGCCAGCGUCCAGCUUCUCCCCCAAACCACAGCACGCCGAGCUUUGUCCCCGGGGAGCGUGAAGUCACCAGCUCCGGGAGGCGACAAUAUGAGGGCGAUGGACGGGGCAGGGACCCCCGGAAGCCCUAGCAAUCCUCAGGGAAGUGGGGGUGCCGGAGGAGUCGGGGACACCCUCGGGCCUCUCCAAGCCCGGAGCAUCCCCAGCGCCCGCAGCCCUGUGAGACGCCGGGUGCUCUGGUCAUGGGCCCUGCCGCCAGGCCUCGGCGCUUUGUCCCCGGCCCGCCCAGGGAUGCUGCCACGCUAGAGUUGUACACCAAGGUUUGUCUUCCCAGGAAGCGCUGGCGGCCGCCUUUGGGCCGCCUGGCGCAGAGCCCCAGGCUGCAGGCGCCGCGUGUGCGCGCGGGAAGUUCCCACAGUUGGAAAGAGGGAGCGAAGUAUGUGUUCCAAACUUUCCACGGUUCCAAACUGAGCGCUUCCAUUAAGAGAAGCGGUGUGCGGGGGAAGAGCAUUCUGGGUAUUAGCAUGCAAAUGAACGGGCCCGGCUUCCAACUCCGCUCGGGAUUCCCACCGCUGCGCGCAGAGCUCGUGCCCAGCCACGCGCGCCCUGAGGCUUCCGGGCGUUGCCCUGGCGGAUGAUCCGAGUUCAAAAUCGAGACCUCUGCCUUCUGGUUUCGUGUCCUGGUGCUUAGUCACUUGGCCUCCCUGAGAUUCAGUUAAACUGACUGUUUCUUAACCUGUACACGGGGACAGCAGCACGUGUCCAGCACACCUCCGCUCUAGGGCACAGUACAUGCCAAACUCCUGUUGGAGAGAAUGAAUGAGACUUAGAGGCUUGAAGAAACUUCCCUGGACACGAAGCCAGGAGAUCUGUGUUCUAAGCCUAGACUUACUGUCACCUUGGGCUAGUGCCUCUGAGCCACAGCUGUCUUGGGCGGAUUUUGGGAACUGGCACGUUUUAUUUUUGAGAGAGCUGCUGGGAACAUCCGCAAAGAAAGAGAAAGGGGCCGGGCGCGGUGGCUCACGCCUGUUAUCCCAGCACUUUGGGAGGCUGAGGCGGGCGGCUCACCUGAGGUCGGGAGUUCGAGACCAGUCUGACUAACACGGAGAAACUCCAUCUCUACUAAAAAUACAAAAUUAGGCCAGGCGCAGUGGCUCAUGCCUGUAAUCCCAGCACUUUGGGAGGCCGAGGCGGGCGGAUCACCUGAGGUCGGGAGUUCGAGACCUACAUGGAGAAACCCCGUCUCUACUAAAAAUACAAAAUUAGCUGGGCGUGGUGGCACAUGCCUGUAAUCCCAGCUACUAGGGAGGCUGAGGCAGGAGAAUCGCUUGAACCUGGGAGGCAGAGGUUGCGGUGAGCCGAGAUCGCGCCAUUGCACCCCAGCCUCUGGGCAACAAGAGCGAAACUCCGUCUCAAAAAA